AUGCAAGUCCGCCUCUGCUCACAAGUAGCAUUUUCUCAGCCUACUACUGCAGGAAAGGUACGCAGCUUCAAUGCAACCCUUAAGCGCUCCGCAGACAAAACAUUUGACCCAUCUAAACUUUCUGCUUCCGCUGAAGAUACCACACACUUUGAUAUUCAAGAGCCAGAGAUUCGAAUAACAUACAAACGUAGAACACCUAAAGAGGAACCAGACAGAGCAGACACUAUAGAAAGACCUCAAGUUGCCUCUCCCAGACUACUGCCUUCUAGUUCAUGCAAAAUUUUGAACAAAAAAAGAAUCUACGCGCAGUUUCAUUUGGAAUUAGGGCAGUCGGAUUUCCUUUUACAUACCUGCUCUACUUGUGGGUUUAACUAUGCUAUAGGAGAUGAAGGGGAUGAGAAGGUUCACAAAGAGUUUCACAAGACCUACACCCAUGGAAGCCGAUUUAAGGGUUGGCGCAAUGAAAGAGUAAUUUUAGCAAGUGAGGGUGCUCGUGUUAUUUUAGUGUUAGACGGUGACCCACCAGCUCAAAUGAAAAAGGUUCAAGAGGUUGUAAAGAUGGUGGAGGAUGAAAUUGGUUUGGGUGAGGGGUGGCUUGUCCACAAACUCUGCAAGGUGUAUCUGUUCGUCUUGAGCCAGAGAAUUGCUGGUUGUCUGGUUGUGGAGCCAAUAAAAACGGCAUACAAAGUAAUUUCAAAUUCUGUAGUCCAGAGAAGCUCCACUUCAAAUGAAAAAGCAGCUAGACCAAAUUCUGCUGUACUGCGUUUUGGGAAUGUUAACUUUCAGCAGGAAAUUGUAAAACAUAUGCCCUCUGUCGAUGAACUUAAUGUAUCAGAAGACCCAAGUGGAAUAAUUCUAUGUGAGAACGAUGCUGUUUCAGCCCUCUCUGGAAUUAGAGCUAUUUGGGUCGCACCCUUCCAUUGA